GCGAGAUUUGAGAAUCUGUCGGGGUCUCGAUUAAAUUAAAAUUUCUCCCUUUAUAUUCGGUAUCUGUGCUUUAUUGCUGAUUCAGGAUAGUCAUUGAAUCUUUUGUUAUACGAACGAGCCUGGAAUUCGAUAUCGAAUUACGUAUGUAGCGCAGGCAAACGAGAUUGUUUCCCUGCGAUUGUAAACGUUCUUAAACGUAAGCUGUACGCUAUAUAAUGGAAACGCUAUAUAAGGUCGAUCGACCUUUCUGUCUUUGAUUCGUGGACAAUUCAUGGACAAAUACCAGCGCGAUUGGCACAGCUGCUGACACAAUGUAUUUUAUGAAUCGCAGGGACAAAGUUAGUCGGUAUAUCGACGUGUUGCGCGAUCGAUCAUGUCGCGUGAAAUCAUUACUGACACGAUGGACAAACAGGCGUUGAUACUUUCCUUUUUUCUCUUUGUCUUUGCUUCGGCCACCUCUGCCAGCGAUACGCGUACAACGGAGCUCAGUUGCAGCGGUCGUGCCUAUUACAACGUGACUCUGACCGCUUAUUAUCCCGUUUUUGAUAGUGACAACGAGUUUGACUAUUUGGAUGCUAGAACGAAGAAACUGAGGAAUCUACAGGAUUAUCUGGAUGGUCGUGCAGAAUUUGUGACAGUCUCCAUGGACCUGGAUUCUGGGAUACCGUAUGGCACAAAAUUGUGCAUUCCCGAAUUAAACGAAAAAUUCUUGCGGCCAAUUCCGCUUCAGGCUAGAGACAAAAGCCGUUACAACGACGUUAGCACGAAUUCGCCCGAUUUCUCUCACGUGGACAUUUGCGUUAGAACAGAGCAAGAUACAUACGAUAAUUCAGUGAAUGGUAUCGUAACGCUUUACGUGAAAUUGGUAGAAAAAUGAUUUCAUGAACGAUAGAACUGCGAUGCGAACAACGUUUACUUCUCUUCGAAAACAUGUACGAUACAGCGUCUAAAAUAAAUCGAUUAUGCAACGAUG